ACUUUGUAAAAGCCGAAUGUGCCGAUCGCCUUUUGCCGCUCGCAAAAUCACUGAUCUUUUGACAAAACCUUCGAGAGUGCUAGCAAUAUGCUUCGCGGCAUAAAAACGGAAGAGUCGGGCAUGCAAUUUAUCGAGCAAACGAGUCCCCCACAGGAUUCCUCCAAAUCUCCCUUGGUUUUGUUGGCAGCAACAUGUAGUAAAAUUGGCCACGAAGAGGAGUCGUUAUCGAGUCCCCCCUCGUCGUCUUUUGUCGCUCAAAACAAUCAGACGACGGCGUCACAAUGUGGCCUAACGGCUUGCCUUGAAGACGCUAGUCAACACGGACAAGGACAGUACGUUGUGAUACCAGUUUCCGAGGGAAACACUAGCUUUAUCUCUCAGGGAAAUGGCCAAAACGAUGGACAACUACAGCACGAAACGCCGCAAGGACUUCGACAGAUUUAUCGAGCGAGCGUAUCAGAUGGCUCGCCUUCUUCUCCAAACAUAAUAUAUUCAGCAUUAAGCCAGGCCGAUGCGGGGAGCAUUGAAGCGACACAAGGCCAAUCUCAACAGCAAUGGACGGCAACUACAGCUCCUAUGUCUACAGGAAAGACUUAUCCUGUCAAUUCUGCAAUGUGGCAAGGAAAAGCGGACGGUUGGUUGCCUUCGCAAAGUGAAAUAACAAACCAACAAGCAGUUGGCCAAUAUCACAACAUCACUGCAACAGAGGCAUCUCGUCUGAAUAAUGUUGCCUUGUCCAGUAACAACCAAUAUUCAGUCACCAUGACAGUGCAACAAACCAACAACCCGCCAGUGGUAGCACCGAUUAACCAACCAAUGGCCAGUAUGAACCACGGUUCACAGGCUUCCAUUGUCCUUAACAAUACGACAGCAAAUAGCAACAUGUUAGACUGGGUGCAAAAUAACACUGGUACAAUUGCAACUGUUCAAAUGACUCCCAACCAAGAUUCAAAGGACGCCGGCAAUCCACAGGAUAUGAACGGAAAUCGUACCAUGGAUGAUAGCGGUAAUACGGUAACACGUAGGGUUCGGCGUGUUGCUUGCACAUGUCCAAACUGCCGAGAUGGGGAGGGACGAAUGGCAAAUGGCAAAAAAAUCCAUAUCUGUCACAUUCAAGGCUGUGGAAAGGUUUAUGGGAAAACUUCACAUCUUCGAGCUCAUCUUCGAUGGCAUACAGGUGAACGACCUUUUGUUUGCAAUUGGCUGUUCUGUGGCAAGCGGUUUACCAGAUCUGACGAACUUCAACGGCACCGACGAACCCAUACAGGGGAAAAGAAAUUUGCUUGCGAACAAUGCGGAAAACGGUUCAUGAGAAGCGAUCAUUUGUCAAAGCAUGUGAAGACACAUGGUAACACUUCAAGGAGAGCUACCGGACAGACAAGUAGGGCAAGUAAUGUGUCAGUGAAGAGCGAAACCAUUUUACAGACAGCGAAUGCAAGCAAUGUUACCCAAGUUCAGGUCAUUAACGCCUUGGAAAACGCCACACCGCAAUCAUUUUCUUCCACCGACGAACAGAUAACCACUCAGCUACAGGAACAAGUCACAUCUCAGCAACAAGAUGUCACCAUGAUGCAACUAACACAACAACAACCAAACCUGCAACAGACACAACAAGGGCAGAUACAACUGCAAACUCUUGGACAGCAACCGCAACAACAAAUAGAGUUAACCCAACAACAAAUUCAGUUAGUGCAACAACAGCAACCACAAACCAUCACCUUAGACGACGGGACUAUCUUUCAGAUUCAGUGUACCCCAGGAGAAGCUGAACUUAUCAAUGUACAAAGAUGUUAACAAAAACUUUUCAAGUCAUAACUUUGAUCAUAUUUUUGUUUAUUUAUAGAAUAUACAUGUGCAACAGUGUAAGAUUGUAAAUUUUUGAUAUUACUGUUUA